CUCUCUCUCUCUCUCUCUUUCUCUCUUUCUCUAUCAGUCGGCGUGUCCUCAGAAUGAGGUUAGCAGCAGCAGCAGUGGAUAGAGACAGCAAAGCCACAGUUACUGCAGCAGCCAGGAGAGGCUGUCCUUCAGCCCUGCAACAUCUACCGCUGCAUUCACCCCUGCCCUGAGAACGCAACGCUCAUUCUUGUGCUCUCUUUCUGUGUCUCUCCCUCCUCCUCCCUCACCUUCUGUCCUCUUUGAAUUCAUCUCUCGGAUUCGUCUCUCCCUCUCCCUCCCUCUCUCUCUCUCUCGCUCUCUCUCUCUCUCUCUCUCUGUGGCAGUGAUGGGGAAGACCACCAUGUAGAGACAGAGAGGCAGCGGAGGCAACAGCAGAAUAGCAGCAAUGGGAAGCCACACAUGGAGCGGGUCUGGACUGCAGCCGUGGUGAGCCUGAGACCUACAGGACUUGCAACUACCAUCAUUGCCCUUCUCAGGACCUGACCACUGGGGCUGUCCAACGUUCACCUGGAUGCUCAUCACUUGUGUUUCCCUUCCUCUCCUUGUUCUCUGCUGUUCUUUCUCUUCUUCUGUUUCUUCUCUUUGAUGGUUUUUGGUCUACUGAUAUCUGACAGUCUCUCCUAAAACAGCGAAGCCGCUCGUUGAUUUAUCUCCUCGGAUUUUUCCCCCUUUUUACUCUCUCUAUCUGCCUACUUUGCCUGCAAGUGGCAUUCUUUUUUCCCUUUUUGGUUGUUGUUGCCUGCUUGAUACCUAUUUUGGAAUUUUUUUGGAUGAGACUGAGCUCAUCACUUGUGCAAGCUAUUUGAUUGAUCUAUAAGCAAUAACAAACACUAAUCUAACUGACUUGACAAGCUGACAUCAUGGGGGACAUGUCCAACAGCGAUUUUUAUGCCAAGAACCAAAGAAACGAGGACAACCAUGCGGCAGGCUUCGGCUGCUCGGUCAUGGAGCUGCGCUCGCUCAUGGAGCUGCGUGGCACAGAGGCGGUGGUCAAGCUCCAGGAGGACUACGGGGGCACAGAGGGACUGUGCAAACGACUGAAAACCUCACCCACAGAAGGUCUCGCAGGUGCCCAACCGGACCUGGACAAGAGAAAAGAAAUAUUUGGUAAAAACCUGAUACCUCCAAAGAAGCCAAAAACCUUCCUGCAGCUGGUAUGGGAGGCCCUGCAGGACGUCACCCUCAUCAUCCUGGAGCUCGCUGCCCUGAUCUCCCUGGGCCUCUCCUUCUACCACCCUCCCGGAGAUAGCAGCGGACGAGAGUCCUGUGGCGCAGCGGCAGGUGGGGUGGAGGAUGAGGGCGAGGCAGAUGCCGGCUGGAUCGAGGGUGCAGCUAUCCUCUUGUCUGUGGUGUGUGUGGUGCUGGUGACAGCCUUCAACGACUGGUCGAAGGAGAAGCAGUUCCGUGGGCUGCAGAGCCGCAUCGAGCAGGAGCAGAAAUUCCAGGUUGUCCGUGGUAGCCAGGUCAUACAGCUGCCUGUGGCUGACAUAGUGGUGGGGGAUAUCGCACAGGUCAAAUACGGUGAUCUGCUUCCUGCUGAUGGAGUGUUGAUCCAGGGCAAUGAUGUUAAGAUUGAUGAGUCAUCACUGACCGGAGAGUCCGACCACGUCAGGAAAUCUGCAGAGAAGGACCCCAUGCUGUUGUCUGGGACCCAUGUGAUGGAGGGGUCGGGGCGCAUGGUAGUUACUGCUGUCGGUGUCAACUCUCAGACUGGAAUCAUCUUCACCCUGCUGGGAGCCGGCACAGAGGAAGAAGAGAAGAAAGAAAAGAAAGACUGCUCCCAUCCCCCUAUUCACCCCAUCGCAACUAUAGCCACGGAUGGGGCUGCAGGCAUUAAUGCCCCUGGCAGUGCCAGCCUAAUUAAUGGUAAAAUGCAAGAUGGCAAUAUGGAGAGCAACCAGAUUAAAGUAAAGAAGCAGGAUGGAGCAGCUGCCAUGGAGAUGCAGCCUCUAAAGAGUGCUGAAGGUGGAGAGGCUGAUGAGAAAGAGAGGAAGAAGGUGUCCAUUCCGAAGAAGGAAAAGUCUGUGCUGCAAGGGAAGCUGACCAAAUUGGCUGUCCAGAUUGGCAAAGCAGGUUUGCUCAUGUCGGCCAUCACAGUCAUCAUCCUGGUCCUGUUCUUUGCCAUUGACAACUUUGUGAUGCAGAAGCGCCCAUGGAUGCCAGAGUGCACUCCCAUCUACAUCCAGUACUUUGUAAAGUUCUUCAUCAUCGGUGUGACUGUGUUGGUGGUGGCUGUGCCAGAGGGGCUACCGCUGGCUGUCACCAUUUCCCUAGCCUACUCUGUCAAGAAAAUGAUGAAAGACAACAACCUGGUGCGUCACUUGGAUGCAUGUGAAACGAUGGGCAAUGCUACAGCCAUCUGCUCUGACAAGACAGGCACACUAACCACUAAUCGCAUGACGGCUGUGCAAUGUUAUAUUGGAGAUGUGCACUACAAAGAAAUCCCGGAACCUGGAGCUCUGCCACCCAAAUCACUGGACUUACUGGUCAAUUCCAUCUCCAUCAACAGCGCCUAUACCACCAAAAUACUGCCCCCAGAUAAGGAAGGCGGCCUACCGAAGCAAGUGGGCAACAAGACAGAGUGCGGUCUGCUCGGUUUGGUCUUGGACCUGAAGCGGGAUUACCAGCCAAUAAGAAACCAGAUCCCAGAGGAGAAGCUUUACAAAGUCUAUACCUUCAACUCUGUCAGGAAGUCCAUGAGCACUGUCGUCAAAUUGUCUGAUGGGAGCUUCCGCAUGUACAGCAAGGGAGCCUCUGAGAUUGUCCUCAAAAAAUGCAGCUUUAUCCUGAACGAGGUGGGUGAAUCAAGGGUUUUCCGUCCACGGGACAAGGACGAGAUGGUAAAGAAGGUGAUCGAGCCCAUGGCAUGUAAUGGCCUGAGGACCAUCUGUGUGGCGUACCGUGACUUCUCUGGUGAUCCUGAGCCCAACUGGGAAGAUGAGAACUACAUCCUCAGUGACCUCACAGCCAUCUGUGUUGUUGGGAUCGAGGACCCUGUCAGGCCAGAGGUGCCCGAUGCUAUUCUGAAGUGCCAGCGUGCAGGCAUCACAGUGCGCAUGGUCACAGGAGACAACAUAAACACAGCCAGGGCCAUAGCUAUCAAGUGUGGUAUCAUCCACCCCGGAGAGGACUUCCUCUGCAUCGAUGGUAAAGAGUUCAACAGGAGGAUCCGCAAUGAGAAAGGCGAGGUGGAACAGGAGCGUAUGGACAAGGUUUGGCCUAAACUCCGAGUUCUGGCCAGAUCCUCACCAACUGACAAACACACACUUGUCAAAGGCAUUAUUGACAGUACCAUGGUAGACCAGAGGCAGGUGGUUGCUGUGACAGGAGAUGGGACCAAUGACGGACCUGCACUAAAGAAAGCUGAUGUUGGCUUCGCCAUGGGUAUUGCUGGUACAGAUGUGGCCAAGGAGGCGUCAGAUAUCAUUCUUACUGAUGAUAACUUCAGCAGCAUCGUCAAGGCAGUAAUGUGGGGCAGAAACGUCUACGACAGCAUCUCCAAGUUUCUUCAGUUUCAGCUUACUGUCAACGUUGUGGCUGUCAUAGUGGCUUUCACCGGCGCCUGCAUCACACAGGACUCUCCCCUGAAGGCAGUGCAGAUGUUGUGGGUAAACCUGAUCAUGGAUACUUUUGCAUCUCUGGCCCUGGCAACAGAGCCUCCCACAGAGUCUCUGCUGAAGAGGAAGCCAUACGGUCGCAACAAACCUCUCAUCUCUAGCACCAUGACAAAGAACAUCCUCGGACACGGAGUCUAUCAGCUCAUCAUCAUCUUCACACUGCUCUUUGUUGGUGAGCAGAUCUUUGACAUUGACAGCGGGCGUAAUGCUCCUCUCCACGCUCCUCCAUCUGAGCACUACACCAUUAUCUUCAACACAUUCGUCAUGAUGCAGCUUUUUAACGAGAUAAAUGCCCGCAAAAUCCACGGAGAGAGGAACGUCUUUGAUGGCAUUUUCAGGAACCCCAUUUUCUGCUCUAUCGUUUUUGGCACCUUUGCUAUGCAGAUUGUGAUUGUGCAGUUUGGAGGGAAGCCAUUCAGCUGUCAACCUCUGGACCUGGAUAAGUGGAUGUGGUGUGUUUUCCUCGGGCUGGGGGAGCUUGUUUGGGGACAGGUGAUAGCCACCAUACCCAAUAGCAGGUUACGCUUCCUGCGGAGGGCAGGCCAGUUAACUCAGAAAGAUGAGUUACCAGAGGAGGACGUGAAUGAAGACAAUGAGGAGAUCGACCACGCAGAGAGGGAGCUGAGGAGAGGACAGAUCCUCUGGUUCAGAGGACUGAACCGCAUUCAGACUCAGAUUGACGUAGUCAACACCUUCAAGAGUGGCACCUCCUUUCAGGGGGCGGGGGCUCUGAGACGUCAAUCAUCCACCACCAGCCAGACCCAGGAUAUCCGCGUUGUGAAUGCAUUCCGUAGCUCCCUCUAUGAAGGCCUGGAAAAACCAGACUCCAGAUCAUCCAUCCACAACUUCAUGACACACCCAGAGUUUAGGAUAGAAGACUCCACGCCCAACAUCCCCCUCAUUGACGACACGGACGAUGAUUCGGCUCGGAGGAGGGGGAAGUACUCCAGCCAGCCCUCAUCCCCCAACAAGAAUAACAACGCCAUCGACAGUGGUAUCAAUCUCACCAUCGACACCAGUAAAUCAGCUGCUUCCUCCAGCCCCGCCAGUCCUCUUCACAGCUUGGAGACCAGCCUCUAACCCUGAUCCUAGCCUCAGCUCUUAACCUCUAAAGUAAUUUCCUUGCAGUCUGGGGGCACCUCCUCCAAAUCCACCUUUAACUGCAACCUUACACCUUGUCUCCCCCCAAAUGUCACCCAAUCCAGCUCAUUACUCAUCUUCCAGUGCCCCCUCCCCCAAACCCCCACAUUUCCAACCUACACAGGACAGGUCUUGUGACAAAAUCUUCAUCUUUCCCCCUUAACCUUGAGCUCUUAAAGCUCUCUGCUCCUCUCGACAUGGAGUAAAUCUAAAGUAAUAUGGCAAGGUGAAAAGAAAAACAAACUUAACAUACAAUCAAAAAAGCGCAACAAAGCCACAAAACCUACACAGCCAUCCUGCUUUUGUGGUUGUAUGUGUAUGGUGGCGGCAGCGGUGGUGGUGGUGGUGGUGUGUAUGACUAUAUGCGUGUUAGCAUGUACUGUAUUAGCGUGCCGCUGACUGCACAUAUGUAAGAACUGUGUCUUUAGUGGCACCGGGAGAAGGACAAUGAGGAGGGAGACACUGCUGAGGAGUAAAAAUCGCAAAACAGGACAGACUCUAAACUCCCCUUACACUCCCUCUCCUCAACAAUAAUAUUGUCAAUACUGAUAAUAGUUUAAAUUAAAUUGAAAAACAUUGUUAUUAUUCUGAUUCUCAUUCUGAUUAUUAUUGUUAUUAUUAUUGUUGCUCCUGCAUGAAUGUACAUUACCCAAGUUUUAUUUAAAAGGGUUUUAAUUUUAUUGGAGUUCUUUCGUUGUGAUGGGCUAGGCCUCGCGGUGGACUACUAUUUUAAAGACAGCUUCUCUGAGUUCCUGGCCUGCAAAGUUCCCUCUUCUGUGUGGCAUGAACAUGUACCCGACUGUAAAAAUUUAUUUCAUCCAUAAACAGAAAUGUGUAACGAGGUUGUAGGGCUCAACUUGCACAGUAGUUUUGCACCUGUCGGAAAAGAGGACCGCAAAGUAAUAUUGAUGAUGAUAGCAUUUAUGGGAUAUAUUCUAUAAAUAUAAAUACAUAUAAAUAUAUUUAGAGAGAGUUUAUCUUUGUUUGUCGGCAUGUUGCCUUGUUCCUGCUUCAAUGGCUCAAAAUACUUUGACUUAUUUAUGUCUUAAAGAGAAUGUAAUUUGUUUACAACCUCGUAGAGAUAAACUUCCUGGUUUCUAGAAGGAGAGAGGCGAAGCUGGAGCUCAGAAAGACCAGAGCUGUCUUGGUGUGUUAUUACUGAAAAACCUUGUGCUGGAAUUUGCCUGCUAUCUUUUCAAAUAUUGUAGAUAUUUUUAGAGGAUUGACAAACAAAAAGAAACCAAAAUAUAAUGGGAUACAUAGUAAAUGUGGAAUCUUAGUAUUACGCUAUAUGAUUGUUGGGAUGAAGUUGGAGUGGCUUGUCUUUUCUAAACAGAGGCCUCCUUUUUGUGACAGAGGGGGAAUAUUUAAUUCUUUUUUCACUACUUCUUCUUCUUCUCUUUUUUUUAUUGUGUUUUUUUUUCUGUGCUUCAGCACUGGCCUGGGGUCAGGGCUCGAGUCAAAGGCUGAUAUCAGGACCUUUACAGUGAACUGUAUUCUAGAUAAACCUGCUUGUUCAAAGGACUUGAUGUUUUAAAAAUAUGUGACCAUCAAAAAGGCUGCAAUCGAGUCAUAUUAGAAAUCUGCAAAGUUAUAUUUGGCUUAUCUGUGCCGCACGGAAAUCAGACUUUUUUUUUUGUUUUUGUUUAAAAUUUGGAAUAUAUUGUGUUGUUUAUUUUUUAUUUAAUUCUGAUUUAUUUUUGGUUCAAUGGAUUUCUUUUUCCUCUAGCAGAGGGACACAUGCAGCCCCACAAAGCUGUUGGCAUUUUUAACAUCUAAAAAAAAAAAAGGAAAAACUGACAAAAAGAAACAAACAAAUUACAACAAAAAUGGAAUGUUGCUUUGACUCUUUUUCUAUAUAUAAAAAAAGACGAUCCUUUUCUGCACUAUCUGGUUAUGAAUGAAAACUUCUGUGGUGUAAUUCUAGAUGUGCUUUUGUGUGUUUUAACCAAGCUUGUCUUCCUGCCGUCACAGAAUAUACAGUACUCUAGCAUCUCAACUGUACUCACUAGUUGUAAACUAUUUAUUGUGCUUUGACCAAUCAGACAUUACAAGAGAGAAGUUACAUACAGAAUGCACAUUUACCCUGUCUUAUUGCACUCAGAAGGACAAGGCCACUUAACUAGCCUGUACUAUUGUUAUUUCUAUUUACUAACCGAAGUCAUUGGCAAGCAUGACGUGAUAGGCUCAUUAUGCAACUUGAAAAAAUUGACGUUUUUUCUACUUAAAAAAAAAUCCUAUACACUACUACAAUAUAUACAAUCAUUUAUCAGAGCAUCUUUUUCUUUUGUAUAUCCUCCUCCUCUGUCAUUUCCCAGUCAAUCUGUACAUCUGGAGAGGGUGCACAAGCUUUACCAGUCAGCUCAGGCGUGUUGAAAAAGUAACCAUUUGAAUAAAAUCUGUCUUAUUUAAGUUGAAAAAAACAGUCUGGAUUCUGAUAUUCUGCUUACAAGCUGUGGAUUUAUUUUGUUUCCUUGACAAUUUAUUUGUUUGUCUGUAAAAAAUUAAAAACAAUAAACAAACAGCGUUUUCAAUAAAAUAAAAAAAAGACUUAAGCCAACAUUCUCAAAACACUUUUACAUCCAGGAGGACAUUCAGCUUUAAGAGGAUGCAAAGACGACAAGUUUAAAAAUAAUCUUUGUAAAUACAGCAAUGAGUCUACACAGGACAGAAACUCCAUGCGGACUCGUGUGAGAACAGGAACUCUUCCUGACUACAUCUACCAUCAUGCACCAAAACGAGUCAUACUGCCGACACAGCUGUUUGGCUGUAUGUAAUCAAUCACUGCUCCUGUCAGAAACACUUCAAAACAUUGUGAUUACAUCCAAAUGAUAACACGUGUUGUAACAACCAAUAAUUAUGUUGACGAUGACACCGACAAUGAUGAUGAUGAUGAUGAUAAUGCUGAUGAUAAUGAUAAUGAUGAUAUCAAUGAUACUUCUUGCAAUAUACUCUCACCUGCCUCGAUGUACUGUAUUUAGCAGCAUGCAGUUUGUGGAACAAAGAAAAAGAGAAAUGCCAACAGAUAACUUUUUGGCAUACUUAGCCAUUUAUGGGUAAGUGAUUUAAGUGUUCAUCUUGUUUUUAUGAUAUUUUUUUUAUCUAUACAAUAAUUGUAAAUAAAGAACUCAAUGUCUUUGUUCAUUUAAUACUAUGCAAAAAGUCAUGCUUUUUCUGAUUGUUACCCACCCUUAAUCCUAGAGUGUGUUGCUGGAAUGUUUGUGGUCUCAAAAGUCAGUGAAAACAAUGUGAUGUAAAUUAUUUUCUAGCUUGAGGAAAAGUUAAAUGAUGAUGAAAAUUAUUUGCUAUGAUACCAUGAGGAGGAUGAUAAUAAUGGUGGUGACAGUGAUGAUGAUGAUGAUAAUGAUGAUGAUAAUGAACUGUGACUCUUGCUGCUUGACUGUCCCAUUUACCACACUCCUGACAGGAACGCAAGUGAAAAACAUAAUAAAAACAAAAAACCGAAAAAUCACUAAAUAAAUCUCCCAGAGCAGCAUGACCCAGCAUGGUGUGUCCUGGCCCCGUGUGACAUGUCCUGUUCUGAUUCGUUGUGCUUCACCUACCAGUGUCCAGUUUGACUUUGAAUGUUUUUACAUUUUCAUUGAUUUGUUGCAAAAGGUUCUGCUUUCAGCAAAUGUUUGGGGUUUGAUUGUCAAAAGAAGCUCUUGAUGUGACCUUAAAAGUGACUUAUGACGUCUUUAAAUGAAGCAAUAUUGGGGGAUCCUGAUGGCCAAGGGGUAGAG